AUGCGCGACGAGAAGACCGAAGUCCAGUUCUCGUUACUGUCCGGUGAGGAGGACGAAUGCCUUACCGAGAGACCGCACAAGCGUUCUCUAAGAUUCUACCUUUGGGGGAUCGUGCCUGCUGUGAUCAUUUACACUCUCGCGGUAGUGGCUAUAACUUCCAGCGCUUUCGAUGCCAGCUGCGCUGGUGGACCUCGCAUUGUGCCCAAUAUUCUUCAAGACUCCAUACGAUAUCAGCCACAGACCUGGCAGGACCACGACAUGAUCACUCAUCCCUACUUCGGUCACCCGACCGCUGACUUGGACCGUCGAUGGAAGGACCUUCUGAAAUGUGAGCUGCCGAGCUCGGCCCAUUGCGAGCGAGCCCGCGGUGGGGAGGGCUCGAAGCGAGGUGGACUGAGGUUCAGAGAUUAA